GUUGUCUUGGAUUCUGAAAUUGAGCCACAAGAUUUGACUAAAAGUUAAACACCAAAGGCUACAAUAUAAGUUGUCACCAGCCUGUUUGCUUUCUUGCCACAAUCCCAACACCAUCCUCCUCAUCUGCAGCGAAAUCAUGGUUCCAAAGCUUCUGUUUUCCACUUUCACUAUCCUAAUUACAUGUUUAUUCGGUUUUGGAAUCGCCCAACCUUGCCCCCGUCCUCGACCAUGCCCUUCAAUCUCGCCCCCACCACGCCCUACUAGAACCGUCUCUUAUGUUCGACCCCGUCCGCCACUCUACGAUCCUUCCCUUCGUCUGUUACCUCGCCAGCCAAACAACAAUCCCGGUCCCUUAGCCAAUAGAGCCAGGAUUCUCGCCAUUACCCAAGAACUCAAACGAAACAUUACCUUUGACCCUCAAAACUACACCCCUACUUGGGUUGGCAACAACUACUGCCUCUUCAAAGGCUUCAUUUGCGACACUGUACCAGACCUCAACAUUACUGGACUUGCAGGCAUUGAUUUUAACGGCGCAAGGUUUGGUGGUAACUUGAAUUUUUAUCGUUUCAUUCAAAACUUGCCUGAUAUUGCUAUCUUCCAUGCCAAUUCAAACAACUUCAGUGGUGUCAUCAACCAAGGUCUUAGUGGCUUGCGUUACUUUUAUGAAAUUGAUUUGAGUAACAACAAGUUCAUCGGAGGGUUCCCCUCCAACGUUCUUAGUGCUAAGAACUUAACCUUCGUUGAUCUUCGUUUCAACAAUUAUCUUGGAACAAUCCCUCGUAGUUUGUUCAACUUCGACACUGAUGUUCUUUUUAUUAACAACAAUGUGUUUGGUCAAGGAAUCCCUAGAAACCUCGGCAACACACCAGCACUUUAUUUAACCCUAGCUAACAACAAUUUCAAUGGUACUAUCCCACGAAGCAUAGGGGCUGCUUGGGAAACCAUGACUGAGGUUUUGUUACUAGGUAACAAGCUGUCCGGUUGUCUGCCAUUCGAGAUCGGCUACUUAAACAGAACCACAGUGUUCGACGUCGGAUCCAACAGGCUGACUGGUCCCAUCCCUCAGUCGUUCGGUUGUAUGGCCAAGUUACAGCUCCUUAACAUGGCUCACAACCGCUUCUACGGUGCAGUACCGGAGGUUCUAUGCCGGCUUCCCAAUGCAUUCAAUUUCACACUGUCCAACAAUUAUUUCACCCAAGUAGGCCCACAAUGCCGGAGACUAAUCAAGUUAAGAAGGCUCAACGUAAACAGAAACUGUAUAAUGGGUCUUCCAUUUCAAAGAUCGGCAACUGAUUGUGCAAAUUUCUUUUCAAAGCCUCGGAGCUGUGCACGGGAAAGCACGUUCAGUAUCAUCCCAUGUCGGCUGCCGGCGGCGUCGUUGAGAACCCGAACUGUUUUCCAAGAAGAUGAAGUGGCACCGUCUCCGAAAACCUACAAUGCGCUUGAAAAGCCCCCACAUUAAACAAUUCGGAACGGUUUAAAAGUCACAUGGUGGGCUGCGCAUGAUUCUAAUCUGAAUAAGAUAUAAUAAUGCAGGUAUUUUAUUUUUAUUUGUAACAUGUUUGUACCUUAUAUAUAGCAAAUUAAUUGCUGGUUUGUGCUUGUUUUUAGUGAUGAUUGGAUACAGUGAUGAAAUUUGAGGGGAUUCUAUAUGAUUGUAGGGGAACCAUGUUCGCUGUCUUUUUUCUUUUUCCCCUUUUUUUUUUUGUACAAUUUUAUAUUUUUAAUAACUAAUUUAUGUGCUGGAAA